GGAAAGCACCAAGAGUGGGUCAUAUAUCCCCCCGUCAAAUACUUACCCCAGGGCUAGACUCCGCAUUACUUUCCCGCCCCAACUGCCGCCAUGAAUAGAUAAAGACGAGACAACGUCUACUUUUUGAACAUUCAUUGAAGAGGUCAAUCUCGUCAUGACAGCAUCUUUACCCUUUUUGAAAUAUUAAUACUACACACACUUCGAUUUUAAACAAUUUCGCAAUGGAGGAGUCGAAGGACAACGCCCUUCAUGUCGAGAUGACAACUACCAUUACCAAGGGAGAUGGCGCGACGGAGGAGGAGAUCCAGUUGCAAGAAGCUCUGAGCAAUUAUAUUCCAGACACCGACGCGGAGAAGAAGCUUGUACGGAAAAUCGACAUGCACUUAAUGCCAACUCUCUGGGUUAUGUACAUUCUCAACUAUGUUGAUCGAACAAAUAUUGGGAACGCAAGAAUUGCUGGAAUGGAGGACGACCUGAAUCUUGAUGCCCAGAAAUACGCAUGGGUUCUCUCCAUCUUCUUCUUUGGUUACCUCAUCAUGGAAGUGCCGUCCAACAUGAUUCUCAGUCGAAGCCGUCCCUCAAUAUUUCUUCCUUCCAUCAUGCUAGUAUGGGGAGCAAUGAGUGCCAUCAUGGCCUGCGCUCCGAACUACGGAUCCAUGCUCGCCUUCAGAUUCAUCCUCGGCUGCAUCGAGUCUGGCUUCUUCCCCGGCGUGCUUUUCGUCAUGAGCUGCUGGUACAAGGCAGCAGAGAUUGGAAAACGAUUUGCCAUAUUCUACAGUGCUGCUGUCCUAUCAGGGGCGUUCGGUGGCCUUCUAGCUGGCGGUAUCACCAACGGUCUCCACGACGCGCACGGUAUUGCCGGGUGGAGAUGGCUUUUCAUCAUUGAAGGCGUCGCAACAGUCGGAGUAGCCAUCAUCGCAAAGUUCAUCCUCCUCGACUUCCCUCACAGCUCCCCAGUACUCACCCUCGAAGAGCGCCAACUAGCCACCGUUCGAAUCAUUGCAGACAGCGCGGUAUCAGGCUCCGCAUCCGGCUCAUCUAGAGACGACCGACUUUCCCACUGGGAAGCCUUCAAGGCAGCCGCCACCGACCCACGCACAUACUCUUUCAUGCUCCUCUUCGUCCUCGACGUCGGCGCCGGCACAAUCUCAUAUUUCAUCCCCACCAUCACCAAGUCAUUGGGCUACGACACCGUCAAAGCGCAGUACAUGACUGUCCCCGUGUACGCCGUCGCCACAGUCUGCCUCAACAUCUGCGCCUUCUCCGCCGAUCGCCACGAGGAGCGAAGAUGGCACAUCACAGCCGCUCUCUCCCUAGGAUUCAUCUGUGCCAUGGUCUGCGCCAUCGUCGAGACACCCGUAGUCCGCUACGUCAUGCUCUGCUUCGUCGCCUCUGGGAUCUGGAGUGCGCUCCCUCUCAUCCUCGCAUGGGCAUCCAAGACCAUUGAUCUUCCGGCCGAGAAGCGCGCUAUUGCGAUCGCGAUGAUCAACGCUGUUGGUAAUCUGUCGUCUGUGUAUGGGAGCCAGAUCUGGCCUACUAAGAGCGCUCCGCAUUAUACUCUGGGCUGGGGUAUAACGGCUGGAUUCCUGGGUGCGGGUGCUUGUGUGGCUGCUCUGAUGCCAGUGUUUAUUAAGUUCGUCCCGAAUAAACCGACUAAGGCGGAACUUGCGUUGAAGGAGAGGGGUGAGAGGAUGAUGGCUGAGGCUGCCGCUUUGUAAGAGACGAUGUACCGUUUGGUAUGGCGUGAUAUAGUGUGAUAUUGUAAAUAAUUCAAUGCGUUAUUAGCGUUUAAAAGGAAAUACUGCCUAAACUUC